AUGGGUUCCACUCGGCAGCCGGAUGGUUUGAAGGUUGGCACGGGGAACCCACUGCUGCAGCAGGUGCAAGCGGUUGUUGCGCCACUGGGGACUGCGCACACCAACAGCAGCAGCAACCACAGCAGCUCUAGCAGCAGCAGGCCUGAGGAGACAUUUCCGGAAUACAACAGGCAUCUGGCAUGGGCUCUCGAGCAAGAUCUGGCGGGCGUGGUCGGCACCCGAGCGCUGUACGUGGCCGGGGGAUGGGGAGGGUGGCUGAGCUGGGGGAGGUUCAGCAUGCUGGGAGAGAUGCACAGCCUUUUGCCCAGGAGGUACAAGAAGAACCUGAAGGGGCUGGUGGUCCUCCAGCAUACACCGGUGCUGCACUCCUUCUUCGAGUUCGCCAAUCUCUUCCUCAGCCCCAAGUUUUACCGGAAGCUGGAGUUUUGCGACGGGGUCGCGGAGCUGGCGAGCAAGUUUCCCAGUGAAAUCAUCGAGGUGCAGGGAGACGAGACGUGGACACCGCCUCCCUUGCCACCUCCUCCUCUCCAAUCGGCUCCAAGACCCGCUUCGCCGCUGCUUCGCAACGGCGGCACCAAGGGAGCGGCGAUCAAAGAACGUUCCCGCCGCGGAUCAUUGGACAAGAACUUCUCUACCAGUUCGGCCGCCGCUUCCGGAACCACGAUGACCACCGACCCGAACACGCCUUCCCCGGUGGCUGCUGCGCCGUGCACCGCUAGCAGCGCUAGUCGGGUGACCAUCUUGGGCAACACCACCCCGGCUUCCGGCAACAUUGACGCUGGCACCGCCGUCAAGAUCAGGAAGACGCGGAGCGGCAGCAGCAGCAGCAGCGGUGGUACCAGCAGCCUUCCCUCCGCGUCGGAGGCUGCGGCGGCGGCAUUGCUUGCCGGGGGGGGCGGCAACGCCGGGCGCGGUGUGAUCACGACCGCCGCUGAGCUGUUUUGCGACAGUCCCUGCUGGGCCUUGGAGGCAUCCGCGCUGGCGACCCCGACUCAGAGGGAGAGGUCUUACUCGUCGUUUGGGGGCCGCGCGUUCGCUAGCGUGCCGGUUGGGGGCAACACGAUCAUAGAAAACCACGGCAUUUCUCCCUCGGGAUCAACGGGAAGCUUUUCCGCCAUGAGGUCGCAGCGCACUUUAGGCAGCGCGCCUACCCACUUUUCGUACCGGAGGGGGAGCAGCACGAGCGGAUGCUGGGAGAGAGGGAAGGGGGGGGGCGCGAGUGGCAGGAACGGGGGGGUGUCCCCGACAACGCCGAAGGGGGGCACCCGCCAUCACCGUCGGUCGGGCUUCUCCACCACCACCAGCACCAGCUCCUCGCUCUCUUCGUUCUCGGCGGCUGCGGCAAUGGCAGUGCCCGGAGAGCGAGCUAGCCCUCGUCCAAGCCCUAGUCCGAGGGGGAGAGGGGUCAUCACUCCGAGAGGGACGUCGGGUCAGAGGAGCUCCUGGGGAGGGUCCCCCUGCUCGGGAGGAGGCUGGAGGAGCGGACCGACGACCCCUCGCCAGAACGGGACCACCACGGUGUCGUUCGUGGCCCCAUCCCCCGGCACCCCUGCGAGGAAGGGUCCCGGCUGGCAGGCACGCGGAGGGAGCAGCCCUCUUUCCAAGGGCCAUCGCCACGUGACACAGGAGCAGCAGUUUUCCUCCUGUCCGGGAGGUGGCAAGGCGGGCGGCGGGAGCACUGCGGCGGCUGCCUGCAACGCGAUCGCGAAGACGGCGGCCGGUUCGGGUUGGGUGCGGCCCGGCUUUCAAUUGGCCGCUGUUGCUUCCGAGGCUACUGCUGCUGAGCGGUCGGAAGGAAGAGGAAAAGUGGCUGCAUCUCGCAAGACCAAGGAUCACCAGCAUCAUCACAAAUAUCCCAAGUCUCCGAAGAUGAAGAACGACGGCCGAGCCGCCGACACCGAGACAACGGGCAGCAGCCUUGCGGGGCCAGGCCAAGGGAUCGACCGCCGAAAACGCCACCUGCACACCUUCAACUCCGGCACCCGACGGUCAUCCAGCAGCCAACACGACCAGCACCAUCGCGAGCAGCACCCCAAGUCCCCCCUUUCACGCCCUUGGAGCUCUUCCAGCAUUCCCAGCCCGAAUCAGCUUGCGGCCCUGGAGCGCGAGGUGGAGAUUUGCUCUGCCCGCGUGGCCCGUACCGCCGGGUAUGUCCGAUUCAGCGUCGCCGCCAAGGCGGGCGGAAGCGGUGGCGGCAGCGGCAGCGGCAGCCGCAGCGGCAGUAGCGUGUUUGCCGCGGUUGACGAGGACGAGGAGGAGAUGGACUUUCCGCCUUCGCCGCCCUCUAGCGGCUCCACGGCCUGUGGCUGUGCUUCGGAUGGCGGCGGUGGUGCUGAUGCUGCGGGGAGAGCGACAGACCGAGAUGCCAAGAAGACGAGGACGACGGAUAUGCCCACGACUCACAACGUGAACGUCAACGGCAACGUCAACGGCAACGGCAACGGGAACAGAGAGGUGGUCGCGGGCGGGAAGAGCGGGGCGGCAACGGGAAGGGCAACUGACAAGAACGGCUCGGCGCCCGCGGAUCACCCGGCGCCACUCCGACGCGCUGCCACCGGCAAGACCGUCGCCGCGGCGAAAUCGGCGUGGGAGAAGGCAGGAGAGGGAAGCGCCGCCGCUGCCGGUGGUGUCAAGAGCCGGGGAGCGGGGAAAGUAGCGCAGCACCUGUCUACAUUGGCGAGGAUAUCGCCCGGGAUCCAGGCGCUGAUGGCCAACUACGACGCAGCCGCUAGACCGGUCACCCCGGGAAUGAAAACGCCGCUGUCGACCACUCCUGCCAAGCCGGCUGGAUCUGCAGCUCCUUCCAAAACUGCCGCCUGCGGCGGCGGCGGCAGCGGCGGGCGGGGUGCGACAAGUGCAGGAGCAGCAUCACCCGACGACCGUGAAGUGUUUCCGGCUGGGGCUGCAAAGGAUGCGGCAACGCCCACGCCGGCGGUGCCCCAAGCGACGAGCGUGUUCGCUUCUACCCCCGCGGGCGGCGCGAUGCGCGACAUCUCCGUCGGCGUCGCCGGGUUCGCCUCAGUCUUCAAGUCCUUUGAAGGGAGGGGUGCUGCUGCUCCGGUACGGACGACCCCAAGGUCGCAGCAGCAGCAGCAACAGCGUCGGAGCAAGCACCGCAAUGACGCGGGAGAGAUACGCUGCGCGAUGCGGGGACAUAGGCUAUCCCUCAAACAUGCGCUGGAUGCGGAAGCGGCGGCGGCGGCGGCGGGAUCCGCAGCGAAGGGGCAAGAAGUGUCGGUGGACCGGGCGAGGGACGGGCGGAGUCGCGCGGGGUCGUCGGUGCAGCGACGGAGGUCGUUGUCGGCAUGCUCCAAGGACAAGGUGUUUGGAGUGCCCUUGAUCGGGCUGAUGCAGCAGGGGGAACAGGUUCCUUGGGUGGUGAAGCGCUUCGUUGAUUUCCUCAGCAAGUUUGGACUGGAGUCGGUUGGACUGUUCAGACUGGCCGGAGACGGGAUGGACUGCGCCGACCUCAGAGAUGCGCUCGACAACGGCAAGCAGGUGUGCUGGGACCCGAUAGACCCGAUAGACGAGGCGGAAGGGUCAACAGGGGCCACAGACUGCGCUUCGUCCUCGCUCAUGGACGUGAACAUGGUGGCCCAGCUGCUCAAGGCCUUCUUUAGAGAGCUGCCAGAACCCUUGGUCCCCUUUAGCGCAUACAGCAAGGUGAUCGCCAUCGCCAAGGCCGCGGGCGUGGCCGACGCUCGUUGGGUGCAGGCGAUGAAGAGCAUCCUUUGGGGUAUCCCCAUCGCCAACUACAACUGCCUCAGGUUCCUGUUCGAGUUCCUCCGCGAAGUGGCCAUGCACAGCUCCACCAAUCGGAUGACUUCUGAGAACCUGGCCAUUGUGUGGGCCCCGAACCUGCUCCGUCCCCAGGACGACGAUCCGUUCGCGGUUCUCAGAGACCUUCGGUUUCAGAUCGAGACGGUGCGUUGGAUGGUCGAUUGCUGCGAUCAGCUGUUCGACGACUGACGAUUGAUUGAUGAAGCUGAUGUUGCAGGGUACUAGUAUUCCUUGGUGGUGUCGGCGCGGGUGGUUGUUUUUGGUUGUUUUGUUGUGACGUAAUCUGACGUCAGUGAGGGUUGAUGUUGUUUGGGGGUGAGGCUUGAGUUGACCCAACCAGCUACAGGUACAAGUAGAUGUCUUUGUCUUGGUGCGCUCUCCGUGCAAUCUUUGGGUUAUCUUUUCGUCCCCUUUUUUGCUUUUCCUUUUCCGGUGGUUGGGUUGGAAGUUCGUACGGUAACGAUAGCGCUAACCCUCCGUAGUGACCCCGGUAUCAUAGCAUGCGUUCCCAAGAUCCACGGGGCUAAGGGGAAUGGGAAUGAUAGUAGGGAGGCUGGACGAUAGCGCCAAGCUCCCCCCCCCCCCCUCCUCUUCAGAGAACGGACUGUUUAUUCACUCUACUUCACUGAGAGAAAGCUACACGCUUUUCAGUCGUCCAUGCAAAUUUCGGGCCACAAAAGUAAGCGAAGUGUCAUAUUAGAGCGUUUUGAUUUGUCAGGGUGCCAAAGAGCGGCACGAUCGUUUUGAUUUGUCAGGAUGCCAAAGAGCGGCACGAAUCAUACUGGUGUGGGCGAGCGGGAGGGUUGAGAAAAAGUAAGGUGUGAUGUGGUCCCCCGCCAAGGUAGGCACAAAGUGAGAGUACGUCGGGCCUGUUGGCAGUGCAUUUAUAAUCACGUUACGUUAUCACAAGUGAUGCAGACAGUAGAAGCUCGGUAUGUCAACUUUUUUGCGGUCUCUAGCUUUUCUAAUAUGGAAAAGGUUUGCUGGCAUUCUGUGCAGCCCGGCAGUACUGCUGUCGCACGGCGUAGAGAACGGUUGUGACGUCUGUGCAGGGCUGCUCUGUGCAAUGGUCCACCCCGUGCACAAUCAUGGAAGUGCCCUCCCGGUUCCUUCGGUGAGCUGGAAAAAUUGACAAGAGUCAGCCCGGGUUUCAUGAUUGUGUUUCAUUGAAUGGUAUUCAUCCCAAGUACGCGACGAGGACAAAAGUAGCAAGGGUUGCGUUCCUCCUCCUUUCCGUCGUGCAGGCAGGGCGGGGAAGAGGUGCGUGGUGCAUUAGGGGAAGGAAUUACAUGAGUCCAAGGCGAGGAAUCAAAUUGAUUAGAGCGAGGUGAAGGUAAACGAGGCGGUUGGGUGUGAUGUUUGAGGUCUCUGAAGGUAGCAAGUUUCUGUCCCUUUCCUGGACUGCAGGAGCCGAGCUUGACCGCCUGGUGGUACAUAGCACUGUCAUGGGGGUAGAUGACUGUAGGCCUGGCCUGGAUGGGUGGGAAAGGCCCUUCCAAAUCUGUGAUAUCUGUGAUAGUGGAAAGGUCGAAUGUCGGUAGUGGUUGUUUUUUGUGCGUUUUCUACAUAGCGUUGCGCCCUUUGUGAUUGGCAUCUGUUGUAUUUUUUCAUUUCACGUGUUUUAUAUGCAUAGUCUAGAUGUGCUAUAUUUUCUUUUCUUUUCACUUGUUUUCGUUCAAAAUAUGCAAAUGUCCAUGUCGCCGUUGCGUCCGUGUCAAAAGAGAGCUUGUAUUUUGUUUUUUUCCAAGUUCUGUUCUCCUGUUUUCGGAGGCGGUCAUUUAUAAUUUUUGUUGGAUUUUGUUGCUGCCUUGCCACAAGGUUUUGUAGUCCGUCCUGUGUCGGUAAUCGCCUUUCGCUUCCGCCUUUAUUGUGUGUUUUUCAGUUUAUAUGAACGCUUUUUUGGUGCUUUCACGUAGUCAGUGUAGAAGCCUUGAUGGCGGAUGGUGGAUGUGUAUAGGUAGGUGUGGUCAUGUCUGGUUAUAGUCUAUCUUGUUGCGUCGGCUCAACUCCUGCUGGGCGAACUGUACGCGCCUGCAGUUGGCAGUAUGCGGAGAAACAGGGGUAGAGACAGCGGUAGCUUGGCCUCUUUUGUGUAUCGUGUGCAGUGAAGAAAGUUGUUGCCAGCGGUAUGAUAUGGGUUCGCAGAGAUGAGAUGAGAAAUACACCGGUUUAGUUUAGUGAACAAGCUCCGGGUCGGUUUACAUUUUUAUGGCGGCGGUCGCUUGUCGGUGUCUUGUAUGGAGUGGCAGCUACAUUCCUUCCCUUUUUUUAUUCUCUUUGUUGGCGUGCAUUUUGUUGUUGUUGUGGCGUGCCGCCGGUGUAUCUGUAUAUCGCUUCCUUCCCCGGAACGUGCUUGCCCAAGGACGGUUACGUUUACGACACGGUAUUAAUUAUCGCAAAUGUGAAGCUUAGAGAAUGAAUGAAUGUACUUACGCAAUCAUGGAAACCGAUGUGGCGAUUGAUGCGCUUGGGGGAUGGCGGGUGCAUCUAGACAUGAAGCUACUGCUAUGUAUAGAGCUGCUGCGGUGCUAUAUGAUAUUUGGCUUGCCUCGGUGCGCGUGCCACUGGCUGGCCUUUUUUACAGUAGAGGGUUGUUGCGUAGUUGAGUUGGCUUUGGCCUGUUGUUUCUUGGCAGGGCCCUUUUUGUAGCUAUCUGUAUCGCUGUCGCCGUGCUUUGUUCUUGGUUGCUCAGGUUUGAAUGUUUUGGAUGUGGGACAGGAUUAGGCGUAACCCGCUCAGGUAUAGUCUAUAUACCAUAUGACGCUACAGCAUUUUGUGUUCAUUGCUGCACUGUGGCGGGGUCAGGUUCUUGUGCACAAACAACACCGGUGUAUCACCGACAAUUUUAUGUACCGACAAGCUGUUGUCAAUCGCGGUCGUCUUGAGGCAGCGGCAGGUGGACGGAGGGUGGGUGGCUCGGUAAUUUCGGCGGCCGCCAUGUGUACGACAUCGUCGGCACACGUGGCACGUCGUGACCGCUAGUCUCGCGGUUUCAGGGCAAGAUUUCGUUUGUAAGUCUGGUGGCGCUAAGCUACAUGCCAAAUAGUGUGCCUCCGGCGGCCGUUGGUUGCCGAGGUUUAUCUGUUGUGCUGUUACGUGUACCUGGUACUCUAUUUUCAAGUGUGAGUGUAACGCUUCUCUGGUUAGCGCUGCUUGUAACGGUAAUAUUGUCACCUUUUAGCUUUGUGUGUGCUCUGCACCUUCCCUGCUGUUCUGCCGAAGUGAGGGCUCGAGGGAACUGCGUGCAUAUAGUACUACUGUAGUUUUUGAAUAGUCUUGCCUGGUGAUAUCUUGCUUGUUGUAUAGUAUGUGCUGUACCCUCUCUUGCUCUCCCUGAAAUAAUCUGGAUUGGACAGAUGCAACGUGUGGACACUGAUUGUUGUCACGUUGUUUCCUAGUCUUUUCAUCGUUUCUGUUUUUUCCCCAGUGAGAGACGCUGCCAAACCUUGGGACAGAAAUCGUCUAUGGGUUAAGUCUGUAGUUUCGUGGUUUUGUAAUUGUAGGGGGAUGAUGGGUCUAACUCCGCACCUCUCUCUGCUUUCC